AUGCCCGAACACUACGGACCGCUCGUGCGCCUCUGGGGCGUGUCAAGAUCGCAGCUCCCAGGAUCCACAGCGACAAGCUCCGAGCUCAAACCGCUCCUCGCAUCUAUCCUAGACGAAGCCAUCCCAUUCAUCGCCAGCGUCCCCUCAUCGCCGUCGUCGCCGGACAACGACUCGUCGCCAUGGCGCAGCAAGGGCAAGCGCAGUGUUCGCCAUUCACCGUCUCCCGUGCACUUGUAUGAGCGGAUCAUCCCGGCAACGGCCCUCGCCGAAGCUGCCCAGCAACGACAGGCGACCUCGCCCCCCGGCACAGACGAGGCGUGGAUCCUCCGGCGCAGCGUGCACGAGGACAGGGCCGCGCCCGGGUCGGCCUCGUGGGACGAGUGGACGCGGUACUUCAAGGACUCGCACGCCGAGGCGGAGAGGAGCUUCACGCCCACGGUGGUGAGCACCAGGAUCGAGCAGGAGUGGGACUGUGGGGGUAUAGAGGUCGUCCUGGACGGGAGGACGUGGGGCGGCUUCACGAUGCGGCUGGAGGAGUCGGUGCACAAGAUGCCCGCGCCGCUGAGGAACCGCGUGUUUCCCGUGCUGCAGGCCACGGCGGUGGCUGUGGCCGGAGAGGGGGAUGGAGGCGCUUCUUCUUCGGGGAGGAGGGAGUUCAUCGUCGUGCAGAUCGCCGUCACCGAUCAGGCCGACACCGUCGUCGGCACAGAGGGCAACCUCGUCGGAUCGUAUACCAGCAUCGAGCGGUUCAGGGACGUGGCCGGCGCGGACGGGGAGGGCAUCGAGUGGACCAUGGGGACGGCGUCGGAUGCCAGGGGCAUCCUGCCGGCUUGGGUGCAGAGGAUGUCCAUCCCCGGCAUCGUGGCAAAGGAUGUCGACAUGUUCCUUUCCUGGGUCGAGGGGCAGAGAAAAGAGGCGACGUGA